GUCAUUAAGCACCGGUUCUUUUCAGAAACAACACUACUCAAAAGAGAUAUUCACAUGGUGUUAUCGCAAACCUUAAACCGCUAAGUCAGACACAGCUACUUGCUGAAACAACAACUUCAAUUUCAAAUGUGGGAGUUUACGCUUCAGAUCUUCAACACUUGCUCCGUCGCAAAUUGUCAAGGUUUUGUGGAUCAAUAAUAGUGUGUCAUCAUUGAUUGAGUUAUUCUUGAAACAGCAAACUCAAAGAUUUAUCGCCAUGGGUCGAAGCACUGGGAAGAAGCGCAACGCUAACUCCACAAACGGAUUUCAGAAACAGUGUAAUAACAACAACUACAGCAACCAUAACUCACACCUUAACGGAAAGUCAAACGGAUUUGAACCCGCGAGGAAUGGACGACCGCAUUUUCAAUCGCGGAGUGCGAAGCAAAACUCGCAGCAGUCGUUUGCAUGGAUGAAAUAUGCAUCGUGGGCGUUUGGAGCGACCCUGGCUGUGUAUUUGGGAUAUAUGAACGCUUGGUAUUUCAACACUCUUCACGAGAACAGACUGUGGUUCUCAAACAUUAAGGAGGUUGAGCGAGAGAUUUCCUUCCGGACAGAGGCCGGUUUCUACUACUCGUACUUCAAACAGAUGGUGUUCGCCCCGUCUAUCUCGGAAGGUUUGUACGCAUUGACGCACGACAAUGACACUGAAAAUUGGAGGACAAUUAACACGCUUGAACGAUUUAACAUUUACCAAGAAGUCAUCCUCAGCAUCGUCUACAAAGCUUUGUCUCUCGUUCAGAAUGUUCAAGCACCCAUCUUCUUUUAUGUCAACACUGUGUUCAACCUUCACGGCCUGUACCUCAUCUCUCUCUACUGCACUGCCUGGCUGCUCAGUGGAUCAUGGCUAGCUGGGGUCCUAGCCUCGGCAUUUUAUAUCCUCAAUCGAGAAGACACAACACGAGUCGACUUCACCAUCCCAUUGAGGGAGAGUUUUGCAAUACCGUUCAUCCACAUCCAGAUGGCGUUAAUCACGUACUACCUCAGACCGACCUUAACGAUCGCUAAACAGAGAGUGAGUCUGGUCCUGAUUACGCUGAGUUCGUUUCUCUUCGUCCUAACCUGGCAAUUCUCCCAGUUUGUGCUCUUACUCCAAGCCAUAGCAUUGUACGGCUCCUCAUGUCUGGGUAUGGUCCCAACAAACAAGGUCAAUCGUCUUCUGUUGAUCCAAGGCGUCUCAAUCCUCUCAGUGUGUGCGCUGCAGUUCUUCAAUAAGAUGCUCCUGGGAUCUCUCGCCUUCAGUUUCAUCUUAGCAGCUCUUCUAGAUCUCCGGCUCCAGGAACGACGCCCAUCACCCGCAGGGAUGUGCACCCGGGUAGCCAAACUGCUCUGCCACAUUGUCACAUGUCUAACUCUAAUGGUCAUCAUAAAUGUCUCCAUCAAGUUUACUAUUGGUGUGGACGCGGACGAACACAUCUUCAAGUUUUUGAAGGCAAAGUUUGGCAUCGAUAACACCAUGGAUUUUGAUGCUCGUUUAUACUCCUGUAACGGAGCCUUUGUCUUCUUACCGAUGGACACCAUAUGGCGGCUGACUCGGAGACUAGUCUUCCCUCUCUAUGUGGUUACACUUACUGGUUUGUUGAUGACUCUAGCCGUAGCGGUCUACCAGAACUGGAGAAAACAAGCUGAGAUUGCCAAAGGCAAGAAAGACGACGAAGCCCCCAUCAUAGACACCGACUCCUCCCACGUACUGAGCGACCGUCCAGAGUUAGCAUACUUGACCAUCCAGACGGUACUCUCAGCGGGCCUGGCUGCAACCAUAUUAAGACUCAAGUACCUCUGGACACCGCACAUGUGCGUCCUGGCUGCGUUCGGAAUCUGCGAUUAUCGGAUAUGGAGGGCGCUGUUGCAACGAUUGCGCAUCAGUUCAGAAACAGCGAUCCAAGGAAUCAGACACACCGCUACGCUGAUUGUUCUAGCUGCACUACUCUACAUUACUCUUGACAAAGUCUACGCCGAUCUUGAAGAAUUACGUGAAUUCUAUGAUCCUGACACUGUGGAACUCAUGAACUGGAUCAGGCAGCAAACUCCCAAAGCAACCGUCUUCAGUGGUAGUAUGCAGCUCCUGGCAGGGGUCAAGCUUUGUACGGGACGUCGUCUGACGAAUCAUCCUCACUACGAGGACAAGGAGCUAAGAGAACGUACUCUACAGUUGUAUCAGUAUUACGGUCAGCGUACACCCAAAGACGUCUAUGACAUUCACAAAGCCACGGGGACAGACUAUAUCAUAUUGGAAGACAGUAUCUGUUAUGCAAGGGCCUCACAGCAGGGAUGUAGGUUACCAGACCUCAUUGACAUGACAAAUGGACAUAUGUACAGCGGAGCCAAAGCUGAUGAACUACACUUGCUCAAGAAAGCGGAGGUCGGUCGAUUCUGUGACGUCAUUCAACGCCAGCAACCCGAGUAUACACGUUAUUUUGUUUUGGUGUUCCAGAACAAAACAUUCCGUGUUUACCAAGUGUUAUGACAUCGCUGACAAACCCUCAAACCAUUCUGGAAUUUCCUCUUUUAUUUUUUAAAGGAAGGGAUUCAUUUUUGGUUUUGGAAUGAACAAGGUGCAAUCUUGAAAACUAGGAAAUAGGCCUUUAUGAAAAAAUAUUAAUUGAUUGAAAGUGUUUAAAAAUGCUUUAUAUGGAUUUAAUUCAUUUUGGGUUUGAACAUUGUGCUGUUUUUGAAACUGAACUGAAGUAACUUGUUGUUAAUAUUUUGUUCUUGUUUAAUUCCUUUUUAUAUUUAAAGAGUUUUUGCCCCAAAUUAGUUGAGUAUUUAAUUCCACUUGGAUUGGGCAUAAUUAUUAUGUUUUAUUGUUCAGAUGUAAAAAAUAUUAUAUUGUAUUUCAAUGUUAUGAAUUUGUUUUGUUCGUCCAAAAAAUGCGAUAAUUAUGUGAAAAUUCUUCACAUCAAUUGGUUCACUCUUUGAAAAUGAGCAUUUUCAAAUGAAAUCAACAUGCAAUCAAACUUAAAGUAGGUAAGACACUGCUCUAGAAUUGCAAGGGUCGUGGGUUCGAAUCCCACCCGAGUAAUAUGCCUGUGAUAUUUGU